UGCUAGAUCGAUGUCGACAAGGGCUCGGCUUUCAGCGUUAGAGCAGCUAGCUCUCUGUGAUAUUGAACUCGAUUGACCUGAGACUCUUCGACCUUGAUCACACCUGACCCUUCAGUACAUCACCCUCAAGGUUGCGGUUAUGUCUUGCGUUCAUCAUAUUGCAUGUCGCAAAGCUCGACCUUGACAUUCUGACCUCAUCAACGUAGAUCGUCCAGACAGAUACUGUAUCUCUGCACCGCCACAUAGCUUGACGGCAAUCGACGCAUAUUGGUAGGCAACUGCGCUGCGAUGUCCUCGUUCAACCGCCCAAAACAACUUCAAAGAUCAGACAAGGCACCACCCUCGACCGUCUGUCAGAAAUGUACGCUCAAGGGCCACUAUACGUAUCAAUGCAAAAACCCACGACCAUAUGUGCCCAGAUUGAGCCGUAGUCAACGUCUAGAGAAGGAUCUGAAGAUUGGGGAUACCAAGAAGAAAGGUGAUGGACCUGCGAUCGAACUGCCAGAUGAGUUUAGAACCAAGUAAGUAAUCCUGGUAGGCUCGGUGUAGCUGUGAUAUGGCUCAUAGGAAACGUUGUUGCGGCUUGCAGGAAAGGCCUAGCGGAUAAGAUCUUGGCUGAACGAGAAGCUCAACGGAUGUUGGACGAGAAGAUGAACAAGGACAAGAAACAGAGACGAAGAUCUUCCUC